ACCGCGAGUAAGCCUUAUAAUAAUCGGGCCAUACUUGAGUUAUGCACAGAGUGCUGACUGAAGCGGCCCAUUUUAUGUGACGAGAUCAAAUUCGCAGAACCGCGUUAUAAGUGCUUACCAUGUCUUACAUCAACUCAUACCAUGCUCCCGAACUGCCAGCUCUCUCCGAUGAAGAACUCCUUGGUCCAGAACCAUAUGACGUGAACUUCCUCUAUCGUCCUGGCGAUCUCUCCACCGAUCGCAUCCGCUUGACACCCUUUAUCCCCCGCUUACAUGCUGAGGCCUUUCUCGCUGGUAUCAAAGGACAUGAUGAUGUAUUCAAGUACAUACCAUUAUCGCUCGACACACCCCAGCUUUUACUCGGUUUCACGGAGUUCUUAGUACGCAGACAACCCGAAAACAUUCUCUUCGCCAUCAUCGACACGACCCGACCCGAUCCCGCAAGGCCUGAGCUACAAGGGAGCCUCGCAGGGUUAAUUGGGCUCUUAUACACGUCGACGAUGAUGCUCAAAACGGAGAUGGGGCCUGUCGUCGUUCUACCAGCAUUCCAGCGAACGCACGUGGCAACUCAUGCUGUUGGCACACUGCUGAGAUAUGCACUGGAAACGCCCACUAAUGGCGGGAUGGGAAUGAGACGAGUGGCAUGGACGGCGCAUCCAGAUAAUGUAUCAUCUCAUAAGGCUGCGACAAGGAUGGGUUUUAAAGUAGAAGGACAGCUAAGAUGGUUUAUGACAAUGCAGCCUGGAAGUGUAGAGGGACUUGCUGUGAGAGAGGGAGAUCCAACGCCAGAAAAACUAGGGAGGGAUAGUGUUUUAUAUGCGAUCUGUUGGGAUGAUUGGGAGAAGGAAGCGAGGGAACUUGUAAAUCGCGCAAUUACACGUAUCUGAGCUGAUGAUCAUGAGCUCGUUCUCAACUACUAGCGUCCUAUUGCUGUUGUUAGAUAGCUCUACACCUAUAAUUUGCACGUGUACCAAUCCAUGGAUCAUUGAAAUUUGGACCAGAGCAAUCACAGUUAUGGGCGACUCGUACCAGUCA